ACAAAGCCCCUUUGCUUUUUUGCUGCAUUUCUGACCAAGGAAGAAAAAUUCUCUUCCUUUUUUUAUUCCUUUCUUUUUCCUUUCAUCCAAUCGACCAAAUUCAGAGCUUACAAAAGAAAAAUGGCCGGAAUCGGACCUUUAACUCAAGACUGGGAGCCCGUCGUUAUUCGGAAAAAACCCCCAAACGCCGCCACCAAGAAGGAUGAGAAAGUCGUUAACGCCGCCCGUCGAGCCGGUGCCGAAAUCGAAUCCGUCAAGAAAUCGAAUGCUGGGACGAACAAGGCAGCAUCGAGUAGCACUACUUUGAAUACAAGGAAACUUGAUGAGGAAACUGAAAAUCUUGCUCAUGAAAGAGUGCCAACUGAACUGAAGAAAGCCAUCAUGCAUGCUCGAAUGGAGAAGAAACUCACCCAGUCUCAACUUGCUCAGAUGAUCAAUGAAAAGCCCCAGAUUAUACAAGAGUACGAAUCCGGAAAAGCUAUUCCUAACCAACAGAUUAUAGGUAAACUCGAGAGGGCACUCGGUGCAAAGCUGCGAGGGAAGAAGUGAGGAGGGUCUUAUCGUUAAUCAAACAGAAGUUGAAUAUGGGGUCCAGUUCUUGAGUCCUAAAAAAUGGUGAUGUAAAUAAAUGCACUCUACAGUUACUAUGGCUCGCAUGUAAUAACAGCGUCUUCGAUGUUAUCUGAAAACUAUGACUAUGACUGAUGAAAUGAAGUGUGUUCUUGACUGUUGCAAGGGA